AAGAAUGGACAGGUCUUUCUCUUCUUCCUCAACAUCCAAUCUUUUUGUCUGUGAUCGGAGAGAUGGUGUCCAUAGACUUGGCAAAUAAACCCCAUGCCGUGUGUAUCCCUUUUCCAGCCCAGGGUCACAUAAACCCAAUGCUAAAACUAGCAAAACUACUCCACUUCAAAGGUUUUCACAUAACCUUCGUUAAUACAGAGUAUAACCACAAACGCUUACUCAAGUCUAGAGGCAGCAGCUCUCUUGAUGGCUUGCCAGACUUCGAGUUUAAGACCAUUCCUGAUGGUCUUCCACCAUCAGAUAUUGCUGAUGCCACUCAAGACAUCCCAUCUCUUUGUGACAGCACCUCCACGACUUGCUUAGCCCCAUUUCGUGAUCUUAUUGCCAAACUCAAUUCCUCCAGUAUUGUGCCCCAGGUGACAUGUAUUAUCUCUGAUGCUUGCAUGAGCUUCACUCUCGACGCAGCUGAAGAAUUCGGAAUUCCUGAAGCGCUGUUCUGGACACCUAGCGCCUGUGGUGUUUUGGGCUACGCACAAUAUCGUUCUCUUAUCGAAAGAGGCUUGACACCUCUGAAAGACGAGACCGAUCUAACAAAUGGGUACUUAGAAACAUCCAUAGAUUGGAUUCCAGGAAUGAAAAAUAUCCGUUUGAGGGAUCUUCCAAGUUUUGUCAGAACUACAGACAUAAACGACUUCAUGCUUCACUUCCUGAUAAGAGAAAUAGACAGAACCUCAAGAGCUUCUGCUGUCAUUAUCAACACCUUUGACUCCUUCGAACAAGAUGUUUUGGAUGCUUUAUCCCCAAUGUUUCCUCCAAUUUACACACUUGGUCCUCUCCAGUUGCUUGUUGAUCAGAUUCCAAAUGAUAAUCUGAAAAAUAUUGGCUCCAAUCUUUGGAAAGAUCAUCCAGAGUGCAUUGAAUGGCUUGAUUCAAAAGGACCAAACUCUGUGGUGUAUGUAAAUUUUGGUAGCAUCACUGUAAUAACUGCACAGCAAAUGAUUGAAUUUGCAUGGGGACUAGCCAACAGCAACAAACCUUUCUUAUGGAUAAUAAGGCCUGAUCUUAUUGGAGGUGAAGCCGCGAUGUUGCCACCUGAAUUUUUAUCUGCAACAAAGGAUAGAAGUUUGCUCGUAAGCUGGUGUCCUCAAGAACAAAUCUUGAAGCAUCCUUCCAUAGGAGGGUUUUUAAGUCACAUGGGGUGGAACUCGACAUUGGAAAGUAUCUGUGGCGGUGUCCCAAUGGUUUGUUGGCCGUUUUUCGGUGAGCAACAGACCAACUGUUGGUUUGCUUGCACCAAGUGGGGUAUCGGAAUGGAGAUUGAAAACAACGUGAAAAGAGAUGAAGUGGAAAAACUUGUGAGGGAGUUAAUGGAGGGAGAGAAGGGAAAAGAUAUGAAAAGGAAGGCAAUGGAAUGGAAAACCAAGGCAGAAGAGGCAGCUUGGACCGGUGAUGCUUCUUAUCGGAAUCUGGAUCGAUUGGUAAAAGUUCUUGCAAGCGAGCAAAUAAGUUAAUUAGAAGCCUGAUGGCAAAUAACUUCAAGCAUUGAGUAACCUACUGUAUUAUUUCUGGCAGAGAAAUAUAAUCUUAAAAAAAAUAUCUUGAUAUAAUAAAUUUCUCUAUUAUUUGCUA